GGGGACGGACGAAGGAGUGGAGGAAGGGAAGGAAAAAAAAAAAAAAAGCUCGAGCGAGAAUCAUCCCGGUGGGGAACUGUCUGAAAGAAGCGAGCUUUGAGGGGAAAUGGCGGUCGAUAAAGAACUGCUGGAGUUGGACCUCUACGCGCUUCUGGGAGUGGUCGAGAAAGCGACGGAUAAAGAGAUUAAGAAAGCCUAUAGACAGAAGGCCCUGACCUGUCAUCCAGAUAAACAUCCAGAUAAUCCCAAAGCAGCUGAACUCUUCCAUCAAUUGUCUCAAGCAUUAACAGUUCUAACAGAUGCAGCAGCAAGGGUAGCCUAUGAUAGAGUAAGGAAAGCCAAGAAACAAGCAGCAGAAAGGACCCAGAAACUUGAUGAAAGAAGAAAGAAAGUCAAACUUGAUCUUGAAGCUCGUGAAAAAGAAGCUUACUCCCAGGUUAGCAAGGAAGAAGAGAUUGAGAUAACUAGGACGUUAGAGCAAGAGAUCCAACGGUUACGUGAAGAGGGAUCUCGGCAACUGGAGGAACAACAAAAACUAAUGCAGGAACAAAUCCGGCUUGAGAAAGAGCGAAUACGAAGUAAACAAGAUGGGUAUGGAGGGAAUGGCACAGGAACACCCAAGCUCAAACUUCGAUGGAAGUGCAAGAAAGAAGAUGAAACUAAUGGAGGUUACUCAAAAGAAAUUCUACUGCAAAUUCUACAAAAGUAUGGUGAAGUUCUUAAUUUGCUGAUCUCUAACAAGAAGACUGGAAGUGCAGUUGUGGAAUUUGCAACAGUAAAAGCUGCUGAGAUGGCAGUGAAGAAUGAAGUUGGCCUAACAUACAAUCCUUUAAAAAUCACCUGGCUGGAAGGUCAACCACAGAGUAGCACAGUGUUUGCUGAUGGCAGUAUUCACCCACAUAUAUCCCAGGACUCAGUGGUUUCUGAGAGGGAUUAUGAAAGCCUUGUGAUGAUGCGUAUGCGGCAAGCUUCUGAGAGGCAGAAGCUAAUUGAAAAGAUGAAACAGGAAGAUGAAGAAGAGUCUUGUACAUAGUAGAAGGAGAAAUGGCAUUAUCAUGCAUUUUGGCUUAUAAUUCCUAAACCAAUAAAAACUGUUGAAGGAAAAACUUCAAAACUA